GUCUGGAUUCAGUCAGAUGAGGUGUGUCUGCUGCCAUAUGUCUAGUAACUUACUAAAGGCUGUACUAUUACCUUUCCAAUUAGGUCACUUACUGCCAAUACCAGAAGAGAGUUUACACUUAAGCCUCUGAGGCUGCCUGUGAUUGGAAGAUGGGGUGUUCCGAGAUUUGCAUAGGAGUUUGCCAGGAUUAUUUUUCAUUUGACAGCAGGCUUCUCAGACCUGAACAGACAGGACUUGACUAUCAUUGAGCUUAAGUGGGGCCUGUAUUUAACUACCUCUCCUGGGACAUUCAUACCAGAUACACAAUGUCCCUGGAGUGUGAGGUGGGAGGGCACAGCAGGAUUCACAUGACCUGCUCUGUCCCUUAGCACGUUCAGUUACCACACAUAGUCAUGGAUAUAUAUAAAGUCUGCUGCUUACUCUCGCCAGAUAGCCUCAAACUGUGGAGAGAACAUUUGCUCCUACAGUUUGAGGCUAUUUGUGAAGAAGCCAGAGAUCAGUAUUCAUUAAAGUGCCAGAUUUCUUCUUCUGCUGUCAAUGGCAAGCUGAGAAAUGAUCAAGUGUAACUUGUAGAGACUUGUAUGUUCAAUGAUACCUAUAAGGAAUCCACAUUUGUUACGACUGGCUUGAGUGUUGGGCUGAGGAUUCUGCAGAAUGACAGGGUCACCCUUCCGGACUCUGAGAGAAGGCCGUGUUUAUCUGAGAAGUCUCCUGUCCGCUAUCGUGGCUUUAUUGUAUUAACUUUGGAGCACAAAGACUAGCGCUGUUUGUGUCAGAUUAGAACUCAUGGCUUCGGUUUUACAUAUAACCCUUCUUCUAAGGGUUCUUUCAUGCUUUAAUGAAAGUUAUAACCUAGAGUUUUUAAAUGGGACACAUUUUAAAGCAGGCAUUCGUUUGUCUAUGACACGCCCAAACAGCUGCUAGCCAAACACCAAGAAAAACGUUUUCUUUUUUUAGUCCUAUUAUAAGAAGAGCAGGAAACCAGUAUGAUAGGACGAGGGGGUGGACUUAUGUUGUUUUAAUAACCCUGGCUUGAGCAGGGGAGGAGGGAGCAUAUUUUGACUCCACCCUCAGUACACAUCCAGGGAAUUUACUACUGUAAACUUCGGGAUGUCGAUAAUAUUGCAUGACUUCAGUGAGGCCUUUGCACAUAUACCAAGUGAGACCUUACUUCUACACUGCACCAGCCUUCCAGCUCCUCUGUGGCUUUGAAGCCAGAGAACAGAACCGGGGAUCAAGACCGAAGCAAACGACGCCAGAGCGGAUUUUCCCAAGAGUCCCGGAUCCCCGUCACCCAGCAUGUUCCAGAGGCUCAGCGCCCUGUUUUUCGGCGAGGUGGAGGACGUGUCCUCUGACAUCAGUGGACCAAAGCCCUGCGUGACGGAUGCAGAUGAGGAAGGCUGGCUUCUGGUCAACCUAGCAGGGGAAGGUGCCCCAGUGGAGACGAGGCCCAGUUCCUGGGAUCCGGCAGCACCGUUACGCUCCUGCGAGGGUGGGGCCAGGGGCAGCCCCUCGUCGAUGGUAGCCCCCCUGCCCUCCCCCUCCUGUACUCGUCACAGGACUAAAAUUACCGCCACAAAACCACUUGAGCGCUCACCGCCAGCCCUGCCCGACAGCUCGGUGUAUGGGCCGCGGCUGGCUGGCUCCACCCCCCGCACCCCGGGCUCCGCGCCUGCCCCCCCAGGCCCUCGGAGUGACUGUAGCUGCUGCAUGGAUGAGAGCUGGUUUGUCACCCCUCCCGCCUGUUUCACCGCAGAAGGGGCCACCGCUGAAAGCAGCCCUAUGGAGGACCUGCUCAUCGAGCAUCCCAGCAUGUCCGUAUACGUCGCUCUCGGAAACCAGUCCGUCGUCCAGGAGAGCGUGGCCAGCCUGACGGGCAGCGUGAGCAGGGUGGCAGAGGUCGUACCGCCGGCAUCUCAGGACAGCGCCCCCCGCAGGAUCCCCCGCGGAGCUGCGGCCAAGGCCGGGGCAGUGGCCAAGGUCACCCAAGUGGCCCGCGUGCAGCGGGCAAAAGCCCGAGCCGACCGGCGCCACCUCGCCCGCAACCGGGUCCAGCGGCAGAACCGCGUGCGGGAGCAAGCUUCCCGUCGGCCCGCUCACGUGCACGGCAGCUACCUGCGCCAGCCGUGCCAGCGCACCUUCAACCACUGAGGCACCACCCGGGGCGGGGUGGGGGGAACAAUGUUUACACUGAGGGCAUUAUCACGCCUCCCCAUCAUUCUAACCCCAACAUCGCCCUCUUUUAAAAACCUAGUUGUCGUAUCAUUUUAGCCAACCCUUUAUAGCUCUCACCAGAACUUUAAAAAGACAAGUUACUUAUUGUGUUAUGCGCAUCUAACAUGACAUUAAUUAAUAUUACGGUUGUGUGGUCAUGUCCUAGAAAGGCUGUAGGCUCUGGGGGUCCCUGUUCCCUGUACAGCACUGCAGCAGUCCCCCAGUAUGGGUGAAACCCCCUUAUUUUUGAUACUUAAUCAGUCUCAUGUUCCCGUUCCUCUGCUGUAGUGAGAAGUGACUAGUUCACCCUAAACUCCUGGUCAGACUUGACUUGGUCCCAGUCUAAUUUGAAGGUUUUUUUGUCACAGAAACCAGCUGAAAUUGGCUAAGUAACUGUUUUGUAAAAGGGAGGCUGAUUAGCGACAGGAAAGAGUAUAAAUUGCUAUAAACUGCUUCUGCAGGUCAAGGACAGGCUUUCGACCAAAGAUGCGUGGUGAGCAUGUGACCAGGUCCGCAUGUGUCUGUGACCUGGGGACUGGGCUCAUUAUCCAGAGGCGAUUGGCAGGCGGGACUGCAAAAGUGGUGCAGAUUGUUUACUUACAUUCAGACAUUGAAUUUUCUCAUUUGUUUUGUAUUGUAACAACUAGAAAAGGAUUGUAGGGAAUAUGGCACCUGUCUCCUGUUUGCCGGCUAAGGAUACAUCCCUGUUCAUUCAAGUCGCAUGCGGGACAUUAUAAAAAAACCAAAACAUUCAGGAUUAACACAGCAGAGGGAAGGUUUUGUGGCAGCGUGGGCAAAAGCAUGUAGCAGAAGGUGAGAGGAAGGGGAUGAGGGGAUUAGGGGAAGGUAAAGAGAAAAAAGAGGUUCAGUGUUUAGUGUGGUUCUUGGUGUCAUUUUCAUGCGUAUUGUCUGUUAGAGAAUGAGGAAAUGCCCUGCUCAGGGAGAGGUUAAUAGGAAUCUGUACAUCGAGAAGCCUCUGUAGCUGGAAAGGAGAAUGUUGUGUGCAGUGACAGAAUUACCGGGUAAGUUGUGCUAAAGAAGCUGACGAGUGGAAUUAAAGAUAGCUGCGUGUGUUUAUCGUAUAUUUCAACGCUGCUUGUCGUUGUCGCGGAGUAUCCCUUUUGGGGAUACCUGCAAAUCCUAGGGCCAUUUCCGAAAGCCUGUCCUUGGACAGUAAGAGCAGAGGUUAAGACCUAUUUCCUAGCAGUACUGCAGCCAGGCAGGUGCGUUUUAUGGGAUGACCAGGCCCACUGCGUCACUGUGAAAUGUAAAUGCGUUUAAAAAUGCAUGCGGUGCGUCAUGCAGCGUGCGUUUGUGCUCUUUUCAUAGGAUCAUGCCACGCAACAUUCUUGAUGAAUCCUAGAUUAGACCUCUUAAUUCCAGCCAUGUCGAUCAGUAUUUAAGGUAUGUGCAAGAACAGGAAUCUUAAUGCAUUUUUUUAAACCCAACCCAAAAUGGAAUGACUGACCCUGCCCCCCCCUGUUUAGUACAACCAUGCAAAUGUAUAGUAUCACUAUAAUAUAUAUUACAUUUACACUGGUAAUGAGAAGUGUAGAAGCAUUAUGGUGCUGAAGUAAAUUUAAUAUAUGCUAAAGUAUGUGAAUUAAUGAGAUAUGGAUGUAAGUUUGCACUGUCUUAUAUUUCUGUGAUUGAGAUAUUUUUUAGAAGUGUGACGUGUUCUAUUACUUUACAGAAUACAAAAGGGAUAGACUGACCUGUAGGAGCUUCUGAUGAAAUUAAAUAGCUAGGCUUACAAUUAUUACGUAUUUAAAUGUAUUUUUAAAUGUUUCACCUGCUACUUUGAAGGUCAAACUCUCAGGAGAUCUUUUACACAAUCCAAGCUGGAGUCAGUACUCAGCAUCCAUGCAAAUUAGGCUUGUAAGACUCACAUUCAGCCUUACUGUGAGCGCGUCCGUGCAGUUAAAGUAGAAGUUUUUCUAUUUGCUGCAAAAGCACGCCAGAUAUGCGCCGAGGCUGCCCCCUAGUGGCAAGUAAGGGGACUGGCGAUGGCAAACCUACAUCCCCGCCUUGAAGGUGGGAUUUAAAACACAAGAUGUGGGUGAUUGACAGCUUGAAUAAAUGGCGUAGUGCAGCAGCCUUAGGAAAUUCGUAAGCUAGAGAGUGGCUGAUUUUCCUUAGAAUACAAUAACUGACCUUUCUCUAGUAACACACUAAUAUCUCCCCGUUAUUACUGAUAACCAGUCUACAUACAGCAUUUAAGAUUGCAUAGGAACGUUUUUCUUCCUCUUUUUGAUGGCUUUAUUUUCCUCUGUAAGAGACACAGUGGUGAGGCCCUCGCUGGCUAGCACUUGUAGCAUUUCGGAGUCCCUGCAUGUGUGAGCAACCAUAAUCUCCCUGAUCUGGGCUCCUUUCCCACUCAUUACCAAAUCAGUGCCUCAUCAGCAGAGUGUGUGACUCGCCCAUUAGAGAUUUCCAUUAGAGCUUAUAGGAGCCAAUGGGCAUGGAGCUGGGACUGGGCGGGGACUCCCACACCUGCACUAUGAUUGGUCAACCUGGGCUCACCACAGUGCUCAACUGCUUCCGCCUUUGGCACCCCCUCUAUACAUUUGUUUUAUUAUGGGAUGCGGUGACUGGUGGUGGAGACACGCCUGUAAGCAUGUGUAACCUGCGUGGCAUGAGAAAUUGGGGGAAAGGGUAGAUUUAAAACUGAAUGAAACUGAACAAAAAAAGCUUGUAUUUUUCCUAAAUCAUUUAGACAGUAGCGCUAAGUAAUUUAUAAAUGGGGGAGGGGGGGGAUUUAUAUUGUGUUUCAAUUGCUUAAAAACAUGGCAGCUUGAAAAUGUAAACUGAACACAUAAUAUAGGGUGUGAUGUCUAUGUUGGGUAAUCCCCUCCACAAGAACACGCGUCUCCCCCCCCCCCCCGAAAAAAAGUGUAGAAAAACUGGUGUAUCUGAUAUCUAUGGUGAUUGUGCCUUUCAUUCGUCUGCAUGGGUUUAGUGACUUUUUUUUUUUUUUACUGUCCCAGUUCCUGCAUCCCAAUUGGACAGCAGUCUCGAACAGUAUAGACCUAUGCAAACAACAGACACGGUUCCUGCAGUCAGUCUGGAACGCAGGUGCCAGGCAAAAAUCUCAAUAAACGCUCAGGUUGACACCUGAA